CUCGCUUAUACUUGAAGGGCAGACGAGCUUUGUCUCUCUGUUGGCGAGAAGCUGAACAUCGUAUUGGUCAUUUUAUACUUUCAGAAUGGCUGACGCGGAGCAGAAAGCAAUGCAGCUGAUGGCGGAGGCUGAGAAGAAGCUGAGUUCUUCGAAAGGCUUCCUCGGAUCUCUGUUUGGGGGACCUUCAAAAGUUGAUGAAGCCAUGGAUCUUUACCAACAAGCUGCAAACAAGUUUAAGAUGGCUAAGAAGUGGAACUCUGCAGGUCAUGCUUUCACUGAGCUUGCGUCACUGCAUGCAAAGGCUGGAUCACGUCUUGAUGCAGCUACAAACUAUGUAGAGGCAGGAAAUUGUUACAAGAAGACAGAUCCUAAUGAAUCUGUCAACAGUUUGUUGAAGGCAAUUGAAAUUUACACAGACAUGGGGAAAUUUACAAUGGCUGCCAAGCACCAUCAGUCUAUUGCAGAGAUUUAUGAAACUGAAGUUGCAGAUAUAGAAAAAGCCAUCCAGCACUUUGAACAAGCGUCAGAUUACUUUCGUGGGGAGGAAAACAAUUCAUCAGCAAAUAAGUGUCUUUUGAAGGUAGCUAUGUUUGCUGCACAAAUGGAAAAUUAUGAAAAGGCCAUCCAAAUCUACGAGCAGGUUGCAACAAGUUCCCUUGAAAGUUCCUUACUCAAAUACAGUGCCAAGGAGUACAUGUUCCGUGCUGCUCUAUGCCAUUUGUGUGUUGAUCUAACUAAUGCCAGGAUUGCAGUGGAGAAGUAUGAAGAAAUGUAUCCAGCAUUCCAAGAUUCACGAGAGUGCAAACUGCUUAAGUUUGCUUCAGAUAAAAAUAAUUAAUGUAUACAGUAUAUAAUUGCCUAGUAAUUGUGUAGGGUAAUGGUGAACUUACAAAUAUCAAAUUAACUUGACAUGUAUGGUUAUGAAAUAGAAAGCACAUGGCAUAAGUACAUGCUGAUAUUAGAAAGAAUGAAAUUUAAAAUUGAAACAGUGCUGCAGGUGAGGUUAGUAAUAUAGCACAUCAUCCUAGUUGGGUAUUAUGUGCUCAGAACUUUCCCAUCAUUUAUGUGCUUGGUUAGUACUAUAUGCCAAAACCAUGAAACUUUCUUUGUAAGGAAGUAGCAAGAACUCAGAUCAUAAGCUUAACAAUAUAGUUAAUAGGAAAAUUAUUAUAAGUGGCUGAUAAACACUGUUGACAUUGUCAUUAUAUAUAAUGCUGUACUGUGUUAGGGCAGUUGGAAUGUAAUGUAAGAGCUGGAGUAAGCUAUUCAGGAAUUGUACGAAGCUGUGAUCAUCAAAUUCAAUAGAAGAAUUGUGACUUUUAUUAAUGUCAUGUUAAAUGGAACACAUUUUUGUUAAUAAUGAACUUAAGAAAAAAUCCAGUAACUUGCAAAACUUUUGUAAAUUGUGGAAAAUUUUGGUUGACGAAUGUUUACAUACACAAUGCAUUAUGAUGUACAUAUAUUUGCAAAACGUAACUUGAUAAUUUAGUGAAUGUUAUGCAUAAUUCAAAUAAGGUUUUGUAUUUCAUUUUUAUUGGGUAUUGGAAAUCUCUAUAUUUUUUUUAAUAUCAGGACCAAGUAGUUUGUUGCUGUAAGAUAAAUUAGUUUUCUUUUUUCGAUUAUGUAAUGCAGUGUGUUGCCAGAGUAAAUCAGAUAAGUUUGAGUGAUGCCUUUAGUGCAUUUCAUGAAUAUUAUAAUUUUUUUAUAUAAAUGAACAACAGUCAGUCCAUGUGUCCUUGCAUUUAAAGAAAAACUUAAGAUUUCAAGACCAUAUUUUUUUUUAUGAAGUAGCCUAACAUUCUGGGACUUAUUUAGAAAGUUUCAUUCUGAUUUUAGUUUAGAAAUGGUGAUUCAUUAAUUGUAAGGAAUUUACAGUAGUGAAGUUAAUUCAUUAAUUUUAUUUGUAACUACAGUAGAAGCAUUUUCUUUUAGUUCAUGUCAUUACACCUAAAGGCAUCAGUUAUGAUUAAUUAAAGACUAUGUUGAAGCCUGGCUUCAGGCUGAGCUGCAGGGAUAGAAGAACCCUCAAAACUGGUCACUGGUAAGGCACAGAUAAAGGACUGAUAGUUUCCAUAUAUUAAAACAAUAACUAAUGCUAUUACAAUUCUGGUGAGUUGCCAGUAAUUGGAAACUAAGUGUAUUUAAUGUAAUUUUAUAUUGUGUUUUUAUACACAUCAAUAUUCAUUGAUUGGCUUCACUGUAGCUUGAUGAGGAUAUAUCGUAAGGUUUUUCUUUAUAACUGAUUUACCCUUUUCUCCCUCUACUAAUUCUUAUGACUUAGUGAGAAAUAUUUAUAUAUUUUUUAUAGAUUUGCAAAUUGUAAUAUAUUAAGAAAUUUAAAAUAAUAGUAAAAACUUAAAUAUAAUAAAUAAAUAAAGCAUUCUUGUUAGAAUAUAUAUUUCACUGUAAGCUAAUUUCAUAGGUACAGUAAUUUUUUUCUUUAAUACUCAUCUGAAGAAAUUGUUAAACUAUGGAGCAUAUAUUUAAAUAUACUGUACUUUAAAUGUACAAUAUACCAUUAGUGUUGUGAUCAAUUAUUCAUCUACAACACAGUUUGUUAAUAAAAGAAGUUAAUCUACAUUGUUAUAAUUUUGUAGUUUAUUAAGUUUUUCAUCUGUUUAAAAGCUGUGAAUGAAACCACAUAUCUUUGUCUUGUCUUGAUUUUGAUAAGUAAAGACUGUAAUUAACACAUUGCUUUUGAAAAUGUUAAAUAAGAACAGGCACAUGUAAGGUUAAGAGCGAUUCAUUUUAUGUAGUUGUCAGUAGCAUUAUUUUGUUGGAUAUUUGGAUGUUAUCUGCAUGCCUGUUGGAAACUUUUUAUUAAAUCAUAUGCACAAUAAACUUUUUAAAUACCUCUGAUAAAUUGAGAAUGAUACCACAACUUUAAGAUUGUUAAUUUAUUUAGUGUUAAGAAUAAUAUUUUUUUCUUUGGUCUAUGCCAUUAUAUUUGGAAGUAAUUCUGAAGUGUUGGAAACAGUAUACCACAUAGAAAUGAUGGUAAGGCAAUAAUGGAUAAUGUCUACAUGUGUAGGUUAUACAGUACCUUCAUAAUUACAUAAUAUUUCUCACAUACAAAAUGUUCAGUAUAAAAGUUCUCUUAUUGUGUGUUCCUUUUACUAGCCAGUAUUAUCAGUGUUGUAGGAAGGAAACUUGAAGUUUACCAAAUAAAUACUAUCACUGAAGAAAUGCAGUCAGAAAUGAAGAACUUAAUGCUUCUGGUCUCUUCCCACAAUGAUUCAUUUCCUUUGGCCAUUUCCAGAUUGAUACUACAGAUUCUCAACAUCAGUAUCAAAUUCCUUAACAAAGUUUUUUUUUUUUAUUUUAGGGUACAUAUUUCACUAAAACCUUUCAUUCUGCAUUUAAUUAACUUCUUAAUAUUUUUUUCAAGCAGAGGGCAACUGUAGUGCCUGCAUUUUGGAUUUUAGAAAAUUUCAUGAAGUUUUCCACGUUGCUAAUGUUUCCAUCACAAUAACAGUGAAGAAUGGUACUUGAUAGUAUGCUCAAUAAUGGAAAAGUUAUGGUAACAGACUUACAUGUCUAAAGCUUACUAAAAUAUAAAACAAGAUCUUUUUCCUGUUUAUGGCAAUAGUUGUAGUAUGACAAAGGGUUUAAUUAAGCAGCAGCAUUUUCAAGUGUGCAAUAGGCAACUUUGCACAUGGUAAUGGCCAGUAAAACUAAUGUAGACACAUGGGAAACUUGGUAUAUAGGGUUUCGUAUCUGUGUUAAAAACAAUGACGGCUAAUCUGUGAUAUAUUUUAAUGCUGGUGUUGCUUGAUCUUUGGAUGUGUGUGCUAUGCACACAUCUUUAUUGUCAAGUAUGCACAUACUGAGCUCACUUAAAAAGUUAGCAAGACAGUAAUGCAAUGUUACAAUUUUUUUUUUCUUUGUUUGGGUGUAUGGUACAGUUUGAGCUAUCAUCUUGGCUUAAAAAACAAAAAAAAAAUGCCCAACAUGCAGAGUAUGGUCAUCGAAUCAACCAGUCAGAGCAUGAUAAAAAUACACUGGUAUUUUUUUUAGUCAAGCUCAGUUUUAAUGUUAAUUAUUUGUAAUAUUAAAAAAUUGCAUACAUGGUUUAUGGGUUUAGUGCUUCCCCAUGAAUAUAAUGUGUACCAUGUUAAAGAAUAUAAAUAUUAGCACAAAAGAGGAGCUUUUUCUCUCUCUCUCUCGACUUUCUUUGAAGAGCACGAAAUACAUGAUAUACUUCCAGUAAGCCAAUAUGACUAGUUAAUUUUACUGGCCUUCUAAUUUGUCCUCUUAAAUUUUAAUUUAAAGAUUUAAAUUUUGUAUUUAUAUUUGUGGGCUUGAGUUCCAUAUGCAAGGUUAUGGUGUAUGGCCAACAGUCAGUUUUUGCAUACUAAGUGAUAUUAAUGCAUGGAGUAUUAUACAUACCAAGUUUACUCUUAGAGUUGUUAUUGAAUGUUAGCUCAUGUGAGUAAAUAUGUAUGAGGUAACCUUCAAUGCUAUUUUCUCAAAUUAUCUUUGUGUAGUAGUGAUUGCUAUUGAAAUGUAUUUGUGCAUAGUUUUUUGUAAAUAAAACUGCCUGUCUUUCUCAGUACUAAAGUAUUUCAGAAAUACUAUCCAGUCACUGAAA